CGUCUGUGCAGGUUUGUGUAGUGGGGAGGGUUCAUUUUGCUGAGUUAUUCAACAGCUAAUGCGAAGAACUCCAGUAUUCCUGCAUCGUCCACGCUCUCGACAAUGAAGCCCGCCGUCAAAAAGGUCGUGAGAAAUGCCCCUUCGGGCCCCAAGACAAAGACGAAAGUGGCCAAGUCGGAGGAGAAACGACAGCAAGCGGCAAAAACCGUGAAAAAUUCUCCGGCUGGCAGAAAAAAAGCACCCUCCCAGCUGCCCAGGCAGGGUGUUACCCAACUCUCCUCCCAUGCUGCCGCCACCGACUGUCACGCGGCGGCGGAGGCGGGGAAGGUGGUGCCUUCGGCCAGGGGAUUGCGCGGUGGCGUGCGGCCACCGAGUGCCAGAGGUCUUAACCACCAUGGGAUUACAGUGAUGGAUCAGAGUUGGCUGCACGGUGCUAAAGAGUCGUCAAAUAUCGAUCAGGGGCUAAGCCAGACGAUUACAGACAGAGCCGAAAAAUCUGGGAACCACAUCGUUGAAAAGGAGGACGGUACCAACAGCACCAGCCACCAGGUGUCACCGUCAAAAACCCACACAGUGAGAGAAUUGCUUGUGGAGCUCAAAUCCUUGCUCACAGGACAAGGAGAGAAAGUAGCACGCCUGGUGAAAGAGCUGGAAGAAAAGGUCCCAACCUUGCCGUCAGCAGUGAGCGGUGUUGCCACCCAGGCUGACAUCGCUUUGGCCUUGCUGCCUCUACGCAGUGAGAACAUCCAUUUGCGAAGAAAAACAAAAGAGAUGAAUGAAGAACUGAGACGACAUGAAAGACAACCGAAUGCAACAACAGCAGCAUCGGACAUGAAAGGAUUAGCCCUUCAUGAAAAAAACUCAUUUCUGCAAAAGCAACUGCAAGAGAGCCGGAAGCAAGCGGAGCAGCUGGAGAAGGAAAAAUGGGGCCUACACGAGGCACUGCAGCAGCAAAGCGAAGAGCACGACAGGGCAGCACAGAAACUGCAAGAGCGCGAGAGGAAUUUCCUUUGCCAAAAGCAGCAGCUGGAAAUUGAGCUAAGGCGUGCAGAGUCAGACCUGACAGACGUUCAUAUCAGCGUACAGAACCUGCACGAGCAGCUGGAGGCUUCUGAUCGAGAAAAGCAGAUCCUGCAAAUGAGCUUGAAAGGGAAAGAAUUUGAGAUGACGAGGAUGCAAGACAUGAUAAGGGCCCUGCAGCAUAAAAUGUCUCUCCUUUUGUUUGACUUGGAUGUAAACACUGUCCGAAGUAAAUGUACACAUCAAGACAACGACCAUUCAACUUGGCGUCUUCCAGAACAUGAACAUACCUCUUACUUAUCCAUAGCAAUAGGUACAAAUGAUAACUCGAGUAAUAAUGGUGGUUUGGUCCAAAGGAGUGAUUCAACUGAAAUCAAACAAUUUGUUAACAAUGAAGGAAAUGAUGCUACUAAAGGAGCUACAUGCAAUAAAGGACACCCAUCUCGACAAAAGGAAGUUUGUAAGCUUUUUCACAUUCCAAACUCUCCAGCUUUGCUGAUAGAAACAAUGGUUCCUGAAAGGGACAGUGGUGUUGCAGUUGAAGAAAAAGAACAAACGUACAAAUCUCCAACAACCAACGCGAUAAGUGUGAACGAACGCCAUCGAAUGGAGGACAGUGGCCUCUUUACCCCAUCUGGACCCAGGGUGAUCCGUAAUUCAUUGAACAAGGAGCCAUACCAACCAGCAGGAAAUGUCAGCUUUUCCAAGACGCAAGUACAGUCGGCACUCUCUGACAGUUUAUCUACAUUUUCAUCAUUUACAACUCAAGAUGAUCAAGAAUUUAGGAACGGGUUGGCAGUACUGGAUUCUAAUAUCUCCAGACUGCAAAGCAAUCUGAGAUCUGAAUGGUUACGAAAAUAAGAAGUAAAUAGCUGCACACAAUACUUUACAUUAACACCUGAACACAUGUUUGCAAUGUAAAACGCAAUCAUGUUUUAAUGCAGCAUAACAAAAUUUUUAUUAAGUAUAAUUACAGCAUGGCAGCAAUUGGUAUUCUUAAGCCAAUGUUUGUGUUUAUGAAUAAAGAUGUUUUUAUUUA